AUGAGGCCACUGUUGCAGUUCUUUUCGCAGAUUGGUACCCCUUUUUACAUUAAUGCCUAUCCAUUUCUAGCCUACAUGAGUGACCCUUCACACAUUGACAUCAACUACGCGCUUUUCCAAAAGAAUCCAGGAAUCUACGAUGCGAAAACUAACUUGCAUUAUGACAACAUGUUUGAGGCUCAGAUUGAUGCAGCUUAUGCUGCCCUGGAAAAGGUAGGGUUUCGCCGGAUGCCUGUCAUUGUUUCGGAAACAGGCUGGGCUUCAAAGGGAGAUGAAAAUGAAGCUGGAGCUACACUUAAAAACGCCCAGACAUACAACAAGAAUUUGCGCAAGCGGCUUUCGCUGAGGAAAGGGACGCCUUACAGACCUAGGAUGCCAGUCAGGGCAUACAUUUUCGCCCUGUUCAACGAAAAUCUCAAGCCGGGGCCAACUUCUGAGAGGAAUUUCGGAUUGUUCAAACCUGAUGGCAGCAUUUCUUAUGAUAUUGGAUUCAAAGGAUUAGCACCCUCAUCUGCACCGCCUUCCUUAAAGGAUUACCGGUUUGGAGGAUCUUUUUCAUUAAUUCACAUUAUCUAUGCAGCGGUUGUCCUGUUUUUAAUUUCAUAA